ACUGUUGACUUCCUUGAAGAUCACAAAGGCCUGCCCCCUCAUUUUGAGGGAGCGAGACACCAGAAUGUCCAAGAUCUGCCCGAACUGGGAGAAGAUGGCGUACAGAGAUUUCUUCAGCUCUGGGGAAAGGGUUGGAAGACAGCAGGAAUGACAACUGUGCAACUACCCCCACCUCCACCUGCACCUCCACCUGCACAGCCAGAGGCUCCCACAGGUUCCAGGAAAAAGAAGCUGUAUCAGACCAUUGCGGAAGGAAGGGCACCAGUAGAGGGAGAUCACGAGGAACCCCGACUGUUGCUUACAAAAAGGGAGAGCAGUUUCAGAAAGGACCUGCAGUGGGUGCUCUUCAACAAAUUUGUACCUUCUCUUAUUCAGGACGGACCACAAUGUGGUUUGGUUGCCUUGUGGAUGGCAGCCCAGCUGCUUCAGCCUUCUGCAGACUUGUCUGUGGAGAACAUAGUGAAGACCGCAAUGGACCAGGGUUACACUGCUCAAGGAGAGAUCUUUUCCGCCCAUCACAUGGCCUUAUUGGCCGAGGAGGUGAUUGGCUGCUGGGCCGAGCGACUGACUGGAGGUAUGGGCGGGGCCAACUAUUGCCACAUCUUGAAGCACCUUGCUGAUGGACAGCCCAUCCUCAUUCCCUACGAUGAAGACUUCAACCACGAACCCUGCCAGCGCAGUGGUCAUAGAGCACACUGGGCUGUGGUCUCAGGUGUGUUGCUGGGCUUAACGCAUGGCAGCCUAAACAGCGAGGAUUUCCAUGCAGAUCCUGUCCUGCCCUGGCUCCUGCUGCCCCGUCACGGUUGUAGCUGCCCCACCGUUGGGGUGCAGGAUGCUUUGGUUUUUGCCAAGCAGGGAAAAAGCUUGCGCUAUCAGCUAUGGAGCCUGGAAUUGCUGACCCAGAGCAACGCACAGCUGAAGGAGAUGGGCCCCCAGAGAGUGGCAGAUGGGUCUGUGUACAUUGUACCCCAGGGCGGGGUGGGGGAAGGCCUGGCAGGUCAAGUAGUCCUGCUCCACGCCAAAAGGCCGACGGACUGAUGUACAGCCUACCUCUAUAUAAAGCCUGAAAGAUGAAAGCGGGCCCAGCAGUCAAGCUGCGACUUUGAGGAAGAGACACCUUAGCAUCUGUCUGUAUGAAGAAAAGUGAGGAUCUCAAGUAGGCCAUUGAGUAGGGAACUGUAGCGUAAAAGGUCAACCUGUGUGAGCUAGCUGGUGGAGUUCUGAGCUCAUUGGGUGUGUGAGGUUUCUGGAUGACACGGGGUCACUGCGAUCAAGCCUGAUGCACCACGUAACGAAGAGUACAGCGGUUUUAUAAUCGCUCCUCACGUUACUCCCUGCCUCGAUCUAGGAGUGACAUUUGGUUUCAAACAUAUAUUUCUACUUGAUCCAUCUGGCCCGUAAUAAUUUCUUUGCUGUGUAAGACUACUGAGGUUUUGCGUUCCCUGUUGUCCGUGAAUUAAAUUAUUAAAAAUUGUUUGCCGUCUUACAGUGA